AUGCGAGGUGGUGAUGUCGACGAUCGGGGCGGCGAUGCAGUAUGGGGACUGGGGUCGACGAUGCGAGGAGUAACUUCGAGUGUGAAUGACAACGUGGUUGGAAUAGUGGCUUGUAUGCAAGAUUUUAAGUCAAAGCUACAAAUUAGGCAGUUUGAUGGUUGUUGCUUUAUUCAAAAUAUUCGAGAGGAAGCAAGCAAGUCUGGUUUGCAAAAGUUGGAAGAAGAUAUUCUUUCAAAAAUGGGAGUAGAUAGAGUUGGAGGAGGAAGACGCAUGAUAAGGGAUAGGUUGUGCCAUAAAAAGGUCUUGAUUGUUCUUGAUGAUGUUGAUAACCCUGAACAACUCAAAGCUUUAGUCGGAUCACAUGAUUGGUUCGGUGAACGAAGUCUAAUAAUAAUUACAACAAGAGACAAGCAUUUAUUAUAUAUUCAAAAAGUCAAUGUGAUACAUGAAAUUACCUUGUUAAAUAAUAAUGAGGGCAUGGAGCUUUUCUGCAAGCAUGCACCCCAGGGUGAUAAAAAUAUUGAAGAUUAUGAGGUGCUUUCAAAUGAUGUGGUUUCUUAUGUUGGUGGGCUCCCAUUAGCACUGACAGUUCUCGGUUGUUUUCUACGUGACAAAGAUAUGAAUAAGUAG